CGAUUUAUGAAUUUGUUUGUUCUCACUUCUUUGCGCUACAUUGUCUUCGGCUUUAAUAAAAAAUCGUCUCACGUUGUUCUCUUUAAAGCCUGCCUUUCUUUUCUUUCUCCAAUCCAUCUUUCCAUAAGCUCUCUCUUCUUUUCUUUAGUUACUGCAUGUUUUCAGACCCAAUACAAAACCACUAUAAUAUAUAACACCAACACUCUUGCUUCAAUACCAAACCGUAUUCAUCGUUUUAUUACUGAAGAAUUCUUUGAUUUUGUUUGUCUUUUAUGGGACCCAUUAGAGGAUUGAAGAAGAGAAAGAAAGUUGAGAAGAAAGUUGACCAAAAUGCCUUCGUUUCUGCUGCUUCUUCUUUGUUGUCCCAACCACAGCCCUUGGAUUGGUGGGAUGACUUCUCCAAGAGAAUUUCUGGCCCUCUAUCUGAAUCAAAAAAUUUGAAGAAAUUUGAAUCUGUAUUCAAAAUCUCAAGAAAGACAUUCGACUACAUAUGCUCACUUGUGAAGGAAGAUAUGACACCCAGGCUAUCGAGCUUUGCCUUUUCAAAUGGUGAGACUCUUUCUCUAAAUGAUACGGUAGCCAUUGCCCUUAGGAGGCUAAGCUCUGGUGAAUCAUUAUCAAGCAUUGGCGAUUCAUUUGGGUUGAAUCAAUCAACUGUUUCCCAAAUAACCUGGCGAUUUGUUGAAUCAAUGGAGGAAAGGGGGCUCCAUCAUCUCCAGUGGCCCUCAACUGAAGCAGAAAUGGAUGGGGUAAAGUCCAAGUUUCAGAAAAUCCGUGGCCUUCACAAUUGCUGUGGUGCAAUAGAUAUUACACACAUUGUCAUGAAUAUACCAGCGGUGGACCCUGCCAAUAAUGUUUGGUUUGAUCGUGAGAAGAACUACAGCAUGAUUCUGCAGGCAAUUGUGGACCCUGAGAUGAGAUUCCGAGACAUCAUUGCUGGCUGGCCAGGAAGUUUAAGUGAUUCUCUUGUGCUCCGAAGUUCUGGCUUCUUCAAACUCGCUGAAGAAGGAAAGAGACUAAAUGGAAAGAAAUUACAACUACCAGAUGGAACAGAAUUAAGGGAAUAUAUAAUAGGGGACACAGGUUUUCCCCUAUUGCCAUGGCUUAUUACUCCUUAUCAUGGAAAAGGCCUCUCAGAACUUCAACUGGCAUUCAAUAAACGACAUUCUGCAACACGAAUGGUGGCACAGAUGGCAUUGGCCAGGCUGAAGGAGGUGUGGAGGAUAAUUCAUGGAGUAAUGUGGAUGCCUGAUAAGAACAGGUUGCCAAGGAUUAUUCUUGUUUGCUGCUUGCUGCACAAUAUUAUCAUAGAUAUGGAGGAUGAGGUCCUAGAUGAGAUGCCAUUAUCAUAUCAUCACGACUCAGGUUAUCGGCAACAGAAUUGUGAAUCUGUUGACAAAACUGCCUCGAUUGUGAGAGAGAAAUUUUCACUCUACUUACCUGGAAAAUUACCCCCUUGAGAUGAGCCGCCUUCAUUAAAAUAACCUUGCUGAUGAUGCACACUACCAUCAGUUGCUUUGGAAGGUUUUCACUGGUCAAGCCAUUUUGUUUUUACAGAGAACUGUAGCAAAUUCAUGUAACAUGAAUGCUAUUAUUAGAUGUCCUCUUUUAGUUGAAUUUGGAAAUUAUGAUAUUUGAAAGUUAGUGCA